AUAAGACAUAUUAUCAAAACCACCAAGAGUCAAAAACAUUCAAAAGAAAUUAAGAAACCGAAAAUGGAUCAAGAAGCUCUUCUCCUCACAAGAACUCUUCCGAAACGCGGUAUUCCGACCAUUCCUUUUAUUUUAGCAAGUCAGGCGUUGGAGAAACUUGCAUAUUUUGGAUUGGUACCGAAUAUGAUACUCUUCUUGACGGUGGAAUACGGUAUGGGAACAGCCGAAGCGGCCAACAUCCUCUUCCUCUGGUCUGCCGCCACCAAUUUCUUCCCUCUUGUUGGUGCUUUUAUCGCUGAUUCUUACACGGGUCGGUUUCCUCUGAUCGGGUUUGGAUCCUCUAUCAGCCUUCUGGGAAUGGUUUUAUUAUGGUUGACAACACUAAUUCGACCAGAAUGCGAUAAAUCAACGAACGUGUGCCAACCCACCACACUGCUCAAAAGUCUUCUCCUAUAUUCCUUUUUUGCCCUCACCGCCAUCGGCGCCGGCGGAGUCAGGUCCUCCUGUUUAGCCUUUGCCGCGGACCAGCUCCAACCUAAUCAGACACCUCGUGUCACCACAUCAGCCCUUGAAACGCUCUUCAACUGGUACUACUUCUCCGUUAUGCUAGCAUGCUUUCUUUCUCAGUCGUUGCUCGUCUUCGUUCAGACAACAUAUGGUUGGCAGAUUGGUUUUGGAGUUUCUGUCGCUGCCAUGGCUCUAUCGGUCGCUUCGUUCUUUGCGGCGUCUCCAUACUAUGUAAGGUUUAAGUGUGAGUCCGGCCUUGUUGCUGGACUUUUCCAGGUUCUCGUUGCUGCUUUUAGAAACCGACACGUUGAUUUGUCAUCGGAGGAACAUAUUAUAUCGUACCAUUACGAAACGGGCUCUUCAUUUCCAAUUCCUAGCCAGAAAUUGAGGUAUUUGAAUAAAGCUUGCGCCACAAGUAAUCCGAAGCAAGACCUAACCCUAGGCGAGUCACGGAAUCCGUGGAAGCUAUGUAGGGUUCAACAAGUAGAAGAUCUUAAAUCUCUCAUCAGUGUCCUACCCAUAUGGUCAACGGGGAUCAUCUUAUCACUUGUCACGGCUUGCCAAGUCUCCUUCAUAGUCCUUCAAGCCAAGGCCAUGGAUCGCCACACCUUUAUUCAGGGUUUUGAGAUUCCUCCAGGCUCUUACGGCAUUUUCUUGGUCAUCUCCUUUGUGCUCUUCCUUGGUCUUUAUGAUCUUGUUAUCGUCCCAUUACUUUCUUGGGCUCUAAGAAGGCCCUUUCGAUUGGGAGUUAUGGCGAGAAUGGGAGCUGGGUAUGUAAUAUCGGUUAUGUGCAUCUCUACUCUUGCACCUGCGGAGUACGCCAGGAAAAAAAUCGCUAGAGACGAGAGCGGUACCAUGUUGUCGGCCAUGUGGCUAUUACCGUACAUGAUAUUAGGAGGCAUUGCGGAAGCACUUAAUACGAUAGCACAGAACGAGUUCUUCUACUCUGAACUUCCCAAAUCCAUGUCAAGCGUCGCCACCACACUCUCCAGCCUCGGCAUGGCCGCAGCAAGCCUCAUCUCCUCGUGGAUCAUCACCAUCGUUGACGUCACCACUUACGGGAGCUGGAUCACCGAGAAUAUAGACGAGGGACACUUGGACUAUUACUACUGGAUCUUGGUAGGAUUAUCUGUGCUCAAUGUUCUGUAUUUUAUGUGGUGUAAGAAAUCUUAUGGUUACCAGUCGAAGUCAGGGGUUAUUGUGACUGAUAGACUUGGAGAUGCUGAUAUCGGGCUCGUGCACGUAGACACAGAAGCUAAAGAUGAGAGACGUAAAAAGAUGUUAGUGGACUUGUUUAGCGAGGCAGCUGGCAGUUAUCAACAAGAAACUUUAUGCUGAUCAUGGGAGACAUGUCAGGACAGUCGGAGUUCAUCAGGGCUCUUUAUUAAAAUCGAACAAACCCCAAAAUAUAAUGUUCUCUUAGCA